AUGGAAGCUCAAUUCUUUCGGUUUUUGAAGAUCGUGGGAGUUGGAUUCAAAGCUAGAGCGGAAUCAGAAGGACGUUUAUUGUUUCUGAAGCUGGGGUACAGCCACGAAGUUGAAUUAUCAGUGCCUCCUGCUGUUCGUGUGUUUUGUUUCAAACCAAAUAUCGUUUGUUGCACCGGAAUUGACAAGCAAAGGGUGCACCAGUUUGCUGCCGCCGUUCGCAGCUGUAAGCCACCGGAGGUUUACAAAGGCAAAGGUAUUAUGUAUGUUGAUGAAGUUAUUAAGAAAAAACAGGGCAAGAAAAUCAAAAUAACUUUACGUUUGAGCUUCUGA